UUUGCUUUCCCGACGAAUUACAAAGUACUUAGUGAUAGUUCCGCUGCAGCGCAAAAUUGGGCAUCAGCUCUGCAGUUGUUACAACAGCGACAACAGCCGCUGACGAGGAAUGCACCAAGAGUUCGCAAUGCACACGGCGACCGUUACAACGUGCUAUAUAAGUCAGCCCUGUGUCUUCACUUCCUCCGACGGGGCACCUGCCCGAAAGGGGAAGCUUGCAAGUUCGCUCAUGGCAUCUUCGAGUUGAGAUUGCCGCAGAACCAUCGUAAGUACCGCACAAGACUGUGUGUGCAUUACACACUCACUAGAGCCUGUCCAUUUGGAGAAAGAUGCUUUUUCGUUCACCGCUAUAAUCCCCCCUCUACCCCGGAGUCUCCCGACUACGCCAGUCUCAACUACUGCAUUUAG